ACAGCCGACAAUACCUCAAAAUAUUACAUUUAUUUGACCGUUUUCUUCUAUAAAAAUCAAAAUUUUUGAAAGGAUCGAAUAAACCGGAAAAAAUUCCAUGAUUCAUCCCAGGCAAAUAAUAAUUUUGUGAAUGAAUUCUGUUCAUUGAGUCAAUAUCCACAAUUUUCCGGAAUAAUUGAAAACGAAUUGAAAAUAUUACUUUUUCAAAUUUAUCCCCUACAUGUAUUGAUGGUUGCCUGAAUAUCAUACAGGAAAACACGUUUUUCUAUUUUCGACAAAUAACAGUAUCAUCGAGUAUCGUUUCAUGUACAUCCUUGACAGUAAUAGGAUUUCAAAUUAUUUGAAAAUUCUAACCUAACAAUUCAAUCAUCAGAUUCAUUAAUAUUAUAUGAUAUUCCACAAGAGAAAAUGUACAAAUUAGGCGCUUUACAUACUAUCAAACCAACAGGAGCUGUACACAAUGCCUCUGUGAUAUUUUUACAUGGUUCUGGUGAUACUGGCAGGGGAGUUUUAGACUGGGUAAAGUUCCUACAUAAAAACUUCUCUUCACCACAUAUCAAAUUUUUAUUUCCCACUGCUCCAACAAGACCAUAUACUUUUAUAGGAGGUGAGCCUAGCACCGUUUGGUUUGAUAGAUAUAAAUUAACUCCAGAAGUUCCCGAACAUGAUGAAAGUAUCAAUAUGAUACAAAAUGAAAUUAAAAAAAUUAUAGAUGAGGAAAUGAAGAUAGGAGUUCCAUUGAACAGAAUAGUAAUAGGUGGUUUUUCCAUGGGUGGAGCCCUUUCUCUUCAUAUGGCUUAUAGAUUUCUUCCAGGUUUAGCUGGAGUGUUUGCAUUAUCAUCAUUUUUGAAUAAUGGAUCUGAAGUUUAUAAGGCUAUCAAAUCUCUAGAGACUCCCUUAUUUAUGUGUCAUGGUGAAAGGGAUGAGAUGGUUCCUCUUCAAUGGGGAAAAGACACAUUCGAUCAACUCACAACACUGGGAGUAAAAGGAGAAUUCAUGAAAUUACCUAAUACUUUUCAUGAGCUAAAAUCAAAAGAAAUUGAGAGUUUAUUAGAAUGGAUUGAAGCAAGGCUACCUCAGAAAAAUAACUGAAAAAUCAUAGUUAUAGAAUUUUAUUUUAAUUAUUCAUAGAAAUAAUAGGUACAGGGUAAAUAAUAAAUCAAUCUAACUUUCUAAUGAAAA